GCUGAUGGCCAGCACUUGCGCGGGCCAUGCCACAGUAUGAUCCAGACCGGGUGUGGGUGCAGCAAGGAAAAAGCGCGUAACUCACACAACUUAUUAUACUGCUUAAUAGACUGACCGACUGUCUGACUGUACACUGCUGCAAGUAUCAGCUAUACAAUAAAGAAAUUGAAGAAGAAAAAAAAAGAAGGAAUCAGCAGAGGAAGCAUUAUACAGCAGGCAAUUGAAAAGGGGAGUCGGUGCAGAACACAUAUAUCCGCCCUCUCGUCUGCUAGUGCUGAUCCAUCCCUCCCUCUCCCCCCGCGGGGCUUUUCCAGCACAGUGCCAAACUUGCCAACGAAGCAAGUAUACCACCCAUCGGCUCUCGCUGCUGUGUCCGAAAGAGAAGCAGCAGCAGGCGGGAAGAAAAAGAAAAAGAAAAGCGCCUCUUCUUAGUGCCGACGUUUCGCGAAAAGGGGACGAACGACGAGUGAACGGAACCCGCUGAACGGGGGACGGGAGAAAAAGCGAGAGAGAGAGAGAGAGAGAGAGGGAGAGACGGUAAUAAACAACAACAACAACAACAACGAGAAGCCAUCAGUGAUUGAUUUGAACCGGAAGAAAGUGCUUCAUUUCCCCCCCAACCCCACCCCCCAAGUUUUCCUCUUUCUCCUAUUAUAUCAUUCCCGAAUAAUCCCCGAUGAAGUGGACGAGCGUGUUUGCAUCAGUCACCCCACCGCUGCUGCUGCUCCUGAUGAUGGUGGCGGCGGCUGGCCGCCAAGUGGACGGAUCCCCGGUGGUGGCGCCGGCGGAUGCGCUGGCGGGGACCGACUACGACUUCCGCAGGGGCGCCGCCAUGGCCGACGAAAGGUAUCUUACUUAA